GUGAUUGCCAUACCCAUACUUACGAAAAGGGGAACCUGUCCGCAUGUUGGGUUCAGCGGCCAACAGCAGCGUUCGAGUCCUACGUCUUCUUUAUCUUCCAAAUCUCCAUUUAACUGCUUCCUCUCAGCUAGCUAGGUUUCGCGCCCAAGGUUCCAUGGAGAGAACAAGCCUCAAUAACUCAUCAUCUUUCUCUGCUGCUCAUUCCAGCCGAGGUGGCGGUAGAGGAAAAGGAUGGGAUAUGAAACAGGAUCGUGAAGGAUCAAAAGGACGUGGUGGUGGCAGUAGUUCUGGCAAAGACAAAAUUGAUGCUCUUGGUAGACUACUGACACGUAUUUUGCGACAUAUGGCUACUGAACUAAACUUGAAUAUGCAAAGUGAUGGAUAUGUCAAAGUUCAAGAUUUAUUAAAGCUGAAUUUGAAAACAUUUGCCAACAUUCCAUUAAGGUCACACACUGUUGAUGAUAUUAGGGAGGCUGUCAGAAAGGAUAAUAAGCAGCGAUUUAGCCUACUGGAGGAAAGUGGGGAGCUUUUGAUACGUGCAAACCAAGGCCACACGGUGAAGACAGUUGAAUCUGAAAGCUUAUUAAAACCAAUUCUUUCAGCUGAUGAAGUGCCAGUUUGUGUACAUGGAACAUACAAGAAGAAUCUGGAAUCAAUUCUGGAAUCUGGAUUAAAACGCAUGAAUAGAUUGCAUGUGCACUUCUCAUGUGGCUUGCCAACAGAUGGUGAAGUAAUUAGUGGUAUGAGACGAAAUGUAAAUGUUUUGAUAUUUCUUGACGUCAGAAAAGCUCUGGAAGAGGGAAUGAAGCUUUACAUUUCAGACAACAAGGUGAUAUUGACUGAAGGUUUUGAUGGUGUUGUGCCUGUCAAGUACUUUGAGAAGAUCGAAUCAUGGCCUGAUAGAAGACCUAUACCAUUUCAAAUCUAGAUUACAUAAUGUAUUUUCAUUUUUCAGUGUGAUUCAUGCCAUGUUAAUUUCAUCUUAGUGGGGUCAGCUAGUUCUUUUUACUGAUACAUAAUUCAUAAUUUGUUUUUAAUACUUAAAUUAAAUCAUUAUUGUUUUC